AUGGCCGACAUCUUCUCCUCGAGUUCACGUCGGACUGUUCACGUUGAACUACUUUUGGAAGCACGAAUUCAUAAUCCACUUCGCAACGCGAUUCGACGGUUCGGCACAGUCGACGCAGACACGAACAGCGCUCAUAUCGAUCUGUGCGUCCGUCUUGGGCGCAUCUCUUCAGGCAUGGAUCCAAGCUUCGAGUUCGUCGCCACAAAGGACCUCGCAACGCUACUAAGACCAAAUCUUCGGACUGUCGCCCACUCAAGCAUGGAUGCUGCAUAUGCCAGUUCUCCACGUCCAGGCCAAGAUGAAAGAUGUAGAGCUCCACUGGUGGAGCCCUCGAUCACCGUCAGCAAAAACACACUCUAA